AUGACAAGUGCUUCAAUCCAAAAGUUGAUAAUGAAACUUUUGAGAAGCAACAACAAUGAAGAUGUAGAAGAUGUUGUUAGGCUUGUGUGCCUUCUGGACAACAGUUUGAAAGACACAAUUGAAGAACAAAAAAUAUACAAACAAUUGCAACCACAAAUAGAGGAUGAGCAUGAAGAUGAAGAAUGUGACUUUGAGGAACAAGAACAAACUGAAUUACCUGAAAAGAAAGAAGAAACAACGAUCAAAAAGAUAUACCAACACUUGCUACUACAGACUGAAGAGGAGGAUAAAGAUGAAGAAGCUAACUUUGAGGAACAAGAGCAGACUAAAAAAUCUCAAAAGGAAGAAGAACCAAUUAUCAAAAAGAUAUUUAGUCUCAGUCCAAGAAGAAAUUCACCGAAUCCCAAGCAUCAAACAGGUGCUCGAAAAAAGAGGAAAUCAACAACAUUGCAAUCAAAAAAGAAUGCAAGAAGGAAAGCCAACUUUCAGCAUGAAACUAAAGAAGGUCCGAUUCAGGUGCAAAGAAAUGAGCUUUCUUUUAAGAAGCUAGAAAAUGAUGAAGAAGAAACAAUGAUCAAACAGAAAGUUGGUCCAACAACUUCACCGGGAUUCAAGCAUCAAACACCGGCUGAAAAGAGGAAAUCAAAAAGGAAACUUGCCUAUGAAACAAAUUUCUACCAUGUCAAAAUUAAUGAACAUACCUUUGAGAAACUAGAAGAGAAUGUGUUGAUAAUCCAAAGGUUAGAAAUGGAGAAGGCAAGAAUCCAAGAAGAAAAUGAUGAGCUUAAGGACCAACUCAUGAAGCUCAAUAAACAAAUGGAAGAACAGAUCAAGAAAGCAAAGACACAAAUGGAAGUGAAAUAUGCGGAAAUAGUGCUACUUAAUGAGAGAAUUGCAAUGUUGGUUGAAUCAAAUGUCUACCUGGAUAGUCAAGAAGAACAAAUCGCAGUUGAAGUUGAAGCCACCACUCCCAAAAAAUCGCCUCUUGUGAGCUCAAUGAUAAAAAGAGUGAAAAAUAGAGAAACAAAAAAAGAGUACAAAGAUCCAGAUUUUUGGUACAUAAUGAAAAAACAACCAAAGCAGAACGAGAAAGUUGAUAAAGUAGAACCAAUGGUUGAAGAAAUUGCAAAGACCAGAAAAGAAGAUGAGACACAACAUCAACAUCUAACAAAAGAAAUUGACACUUCCUAUCCAGUGUUUCACAAAUUACAAAAGAAAUCAAGGAUGAAACUCACUAGUCUUUGGGCAACAAAAAUCAACAGUGAUAAAUUUUGUUUUCGCAUUUGCAAUUAUUCAAUCUUACAAGGAAAAGAAGUAGGUAGCUAUUUGUACUUAGAUGAUAUUGGCAAAAUAGUCAAAUGUGAAGAACUUUCUGGAAAUGACAACAGUUUGAAAGACACAAUUGAAGAACAAAAAAUAUACAAACAAUUGCAACCACAAAUAGAGGAUGAGCAUGAAGAUGAAGAAUGUGACUUUGAGGAACAAGAACAAACUGAAUUACCUGAAAAGAAAGAAGAAACAACGAUCAAAAAGAUAUACCAACACUUGCUACUGCAGACUGAAAAGGAGGAUAAAGAUGAAGAAGCUAACUUUGAGGAACAAGAGCAGACUAAAAAAUCUCAAAAGGAAGAAGAACCAAUUAUCAAAAAGAUAUUCAGUCUCAGUCCAAGAAGAAAUUCACCGAAUCCCAAGCAUCAAACAGGUGCUCGAAAAAAGAGGAAAUCAACAACAUUGCAAUCAAAAAAGAAUGCAAGAAGGAAAGCCAACUUUCAGCAUGAAACUGAAGAAGGUCCAGUUCAUGUGCAAAGAAAUGAGCUUUCUUUUGAAAACCUAGAAAAUGAUGAAGAAGAAACAAUGAUCAAAUAG